AUGUCGUACUACGACAUUGACGCCAUCCUCACGGAUGCAGAGAAAGUCCCAUGCCAAUUCGAAAUCGACGUCCCCUACCUCGGCCAUCUCGACAACUCCCCCAACGGCCUCAAAGCAAACACCCCUUUGACUCUGCCACUCUGGCUCGCCGAAAUGCUAGCACUAGCAUCAACACCCACGUCAAGCGCACCACUGACACUGAAUCUCCCACCAUGUCUAUCCACCGCUGUUUUAUCCGCGCUAAAAGCCGAUCCGCGCGCCGUACCGCUUCGAGACCAUAGUUUGCAUUUCUACGGCGUGGGAGUGCGCAUGCUGGAUUUGUUCGACGAGAAGGAUGUGGCAGAGGUGUUGAGGAAGACGUUUGUUGUGAGGGCGGGGGAUGUAGGACUGCAUGCGAGAAAGGCGGAUGAGGGCAUGGUGGGAGUGAAUGGGGAGGAGUUUUUGAGGGGGCUUGAGGAGUGGGAGAGGGGGUUGUUUAGAAGAGGGCAUGAGGGUGUGAAAGGGGCGAAGGAGUGGACGGAUAAGGUGAAGAAGACUUGA